AUGACUGCAGAACCCGUUACACGCAAGAUCCGCUUUUGGUCUCUUGCAUCCACCUCCGCCGACCUGGAUGUACAUGCAGGGGAGACGCUGUCAAUGCUGGCACCUAAGAUCGCAGAUCUGGUCUUCGGGAAGCGUCCUCCACCUGGAUGCAGACCACGCCUGGAGUUUCUAAACAAAGAAAAAAAGAUGGCACCGGAGACCCGCGUCGAUGACAUUCCUGUUGAUGUGACAGACAUAUUCGUGGUAAGGCAGCGGCUACCGGCAAGCUGGUGCGAGGAUCGCCAGUACACAGAGUUCCGUUACGACUACGUAAAGAGGUAUGAGAGACGUUGCCAGGUACGAGUAGUCUGCUGCUUUGCAGAUGGGAAGGCUGUCUACCUCAAUCGGGAUUUAAAUCUGACCAAGUUCUCAAAGGACCCCCCGACGCGUGGCGAAUGGGAAGUCAUGCGCAUGGACAGGGGGUACAUAAAUGAAUACAUUGAUGACUUCACCAGAAGUAAUGAAUAUCCUUGGGCCCCUCAAACAAUUUUAAUGGCGAGCGAUGAGGUAUUGGUUCUUUGGAACAACGACACACCGUUGUUCUGGGUGCCGAGAUGCGCCUUGGAAAACGGCCCAAUUCUUGCUCACGAGGAUCUUCCAGAGGAGAAGCGCUUUCGAGCAUGGGAGACUACAAGCUGUCCUAGCAAUGUAACAGAUUGCGAGGCGGCACUCAAAGCGAAGAUGAGUAAGACAAAUCUAGAGGAAGAGGUCGGACGGGCUGAAGAGCGAGCGGAAGCGCGGAUGAAGGCCGGUACUUCAAAAGCUCCGAAGGCGAACGAAUUGUUCCCUCCUGUCGAAAGCCAGGGGUUCAAUGUCAAGAGCCGCUCCUCUGACUUUGCCGACAAGCUGUUUGACGAGUUUGACCGUAUAAGCAGAGACCCCCGUUGUGACGAUCGUGAAGGGACCCAAGGCGAUGAGCAAGAGCCCAUCUGCCAGAGGUUGGCCAAAGCACGAGAUGUACUGGACCGCAAAGAUGCUGCUUAUGCCGAGAAGCACCUCUUCAAAGCGAAGCGGCACAGUAACCAUGUGAUCCUGAUGGUCCGAGGACUCCUUUACAGCCACCUGGCCUGGCCGUGUCAAGAGUGGAGCUUCGAGCAGCGCAAAGCAGCCCUGCGCCUAGCAGCAGAGACGCUGCUGAUCGAGCUGCCACCUUUUUUUGUAGCGGAGAUCCGAGCCGCAUGUGCCAUUUGUGCCGAAGAGCUGCUGUGGACUAUCCAGGUUCAUCCGGAGCGGAAAACUCAGACAAUGCGGAAUGGCGGUCUCUUCUUUGAGUGCGAAGACGCGGACGAGAAGCAGUUCUCACAGAAGUGCCUCAUGUAUACGGUGAAUGCAUGGCAACAGGCAGCUGACGCUGCAGAGCGAUGUCACCUGAAGGACCUUGCUAAGGUUUAUCUCACAUUGGCGCGGUGCAGGAGCCUGGAGGAAAGGCGGUAUCUUUUGACCAGAGGGCUGGACGAGAAGCUGAAAUCUCCUGUCGCCACCAGGGCGCAGCUGCAGCAGACUGCUGAUGUGCUACAUCCACCGCACUCUGAAGGCCUCUCUGCUGAGAAGGAUGCGGGUCAGCCGGAUAAGUUGACAGUGGAGGAAUGGCGGAGAUGGGAAGAGGAACCGUCGUCCUAUCAGCAGGAGGAAUGGCGGCCGUGGUACUGGAAUCAGCAACGGAAAGAGGAACCUUCGUCCUUUCAGCAAGAGGAAUGGCGGCCGUGGUACUGGCAUCAGCAACAGGAAGAGGAACCGUCCACCCAGCAGCAGGAGGAAUGGCCGCAUUGGCACUGGUAUCAGCAAUGGGAAGAGGAACCGUCGUCCUAUCGGCAGGAGGAAUGGCGGCCGUGGUACUGGCAUCAGCAAUGGGACCAGGAACCGUCAUCCUAUCAGCAGCAGGAACCGUCGUCGCAUGAGCAGGCGGAAGAAAGGCAGCGUCGUGAAGAGGAGGCCGAAGCGAAGCCCCAGACAGAGGAGCAGGGGGAAGAAGAGGAAGCGAAACGCCAGGCAGAGGAGACUGAGAAGAUGGCUUUGCAAAUGGAGGAGGAGUGGGCGUCGGAGAUGCGCAAGCUCAAAGAGCAGGCCGAAGAACUGGCGAAAGCUUUGCGGACAGGUGCGCAGAAUGAGAUUCAACGGGCUGCCCAGCAGCUGAAGAGCGAGAAAAAGCUGGAGCUUCAGAUACCCAGCGGUGCAGAGACUCUGCUGGCUUUGGUCAUGAAGGAGCUCACCGACCUCGAAAAACUGAUCUUGGAUGUGCAGAGUGACAAGAUCAGUCGUGAGGAACGUGGCACCCUGGCCUCUGCCUUGGAACAGCUGCCGCACCUGGAGACGCUGCAAGUACGAUUCGGCGGCGCACAGCUGGGCUGCAGCAGCGCCGCUGACAAGGACAAGGUCGACAAGGUCAAGUGGAACAACACGAUCGGCGCGCUUGAUUGCAGCUGCAGCUUUGAUGACAGUGCCGCAAGGCCAUGCAGGUUCUUCAAAGGUGGCAAGUGCCCCCAGCAAGCGAAAUGCCGGUUUUGCCAUAUGUGCAGCAAGAAUCUUAAUCCCAGGAGGCGUAAGCAGAGAAAUCGCCAGAGCUUUGAGAGUAUGGUUCGUGGAAGUCAGCCGAAGCUGCUGCUUCCCGACACGGUCGGACUACUGUUUGAUGCUGAGACAAAGCUCACCCAAGUUCUGCUUAAAAGACGGUGGGACUCCGUCUGCGAGGUCCGUGAGGUCUUGCUCCGCCGUAGCAAAGAAGUUACUGGCCAGGGGCAAGAGAGUCCAGCUUGGCAAAGGUACCACAAUCAGCUGUUCAUGUGGUUUUCCGCCAAGCAAAAUGAGAAGAAUCAAAUCCAGCGGGAAAUGCUGUCCGAGGCAUGGGCGAGGUUGCAGACAGUGCAGGACAUUGAUGACACCUUGCCAAAAAACUGGAAAGAAGACAGCUUCCUGAGAGUUUCCUGCAGACUGGUGUCAUGCAGCCUUGCCUGGCCCAGCUCGAGAUGCAGGGCCUUCAAGGACAGACUUCAGCACCUUGUUCCGGCAGCAGAUCUGGCAGGCCGUGAGGGUGGUGAUCAGUUUGCGGCUUCAGAGUUCUCGGCUGCAUGCGCGCUCUGUGCCAUGGAGACGCUCUGGAUGAUCAGAGCCAAGAAAGCGCACGAAGUCCCAGAGGCCAUCCCGGUGUUGCUUGGUCGGCAUCAGGCGAGGUCCGAAGAGCAAUUAACAAAAUUGCUCGAAGAGUAUGCCAACAGUGCCUGGAAGAAAGCAGCGAAUCUUGUGAAAGCAGCAUUUGGCGAUGUUGGUGCCAAGCUGCGGGAAGAGUACGACUACAUGGCUCGCUGCUGCGGGCCAGAGAUCCCUGCCGUUGAGACGAUGGUUGGUCCACCACCUGGCCUCGGAUAG